GCGUACGCUGUGCUGGUACCUACCAGUGCAAGUCUAUACCGUACUCGCAAAGUGCAGUACAGUAUUAGCCAGAAUUUCAAAAGCCAGAAGUACAGUAAAUACCCGUGUUUAUGCCGAAUCUUCGCCUUUAGGUGUUUACGCUGCAUUUUUGCACGAUUUUCUACAAAAUAUCGCAACUGCAAAAAUGCCAGGAAGCGUUGCAGGGAAAGAGAGCAGUCCAGUGGAGAAGAAAGUGGAGCAGGUAAAGAAAGCGGAAGAGGAUACCAAAACGACCAGCGACAAGCCAUGCUGCGGCGAAACGGCGGUGGCCGGCCAGUGCCACAGUGCGCAGACACCUGUGGAGGCCAUGAAGUCGCCACGGGAAAAAUAUUUGUACGUCCUGUGCCUGCAGUCGGAAGAGAAUGAACAGGAUAAAUGCGGAUAUUUGGCUACGAUAGACGCUGAUCCCAGUUCCAGCAAUUACGGGAAAGUCAUCCAUCGUCUGUAUUCAUCUGAUCCGAAAGAUGAACUACACCAUUUCGGGUGGAACAGCUGCGUCAGCUGCAAGAAUCCGGCCAUGCAGCACCGCUAUCUCGUUGUUCCCGGCAUCAACAGCGGUAAUAUUCACAUUGUGGACGUGCAGAAUCCCGCGCAACCCACACUGUUCAAGGUGAUUUCCGGCGCGGAAGUGGCCGAGAAGUUCGACGCCACGCAUCCCCAUACGGUGCACUGUCUGCCCAGCGGCGAGGUGAUGAUAUCGUACAUGGGUGAUAAGUACGGCGAAGGCAAGGGAUCCUUCUUGCUGCUGGAUGGAAAAACCUUCGAACCCACCGGAUUGUGGAAUCGCAAUGACCGACCGGUCAUGGGCUAUGAUUUCUGGUAUCAGCCGCGUCACAAUAUCAUGGUAUCCAGCGAAUUCGGUGUUCCUAACUGCUUCAUGAAAGGAUUCUCACCGGAAGACGUGAAAAACAAUAAGCUGGGAAAUUAUUUGCAUUUUUGGAACUGGGCUGACCACACGCUCAUCAAGUCUAUCCACAUCGGCGAGGAAGGUGCUGGUUCAACAACGCCUCUGGAACUACGCUUUCUCCAUAAUCCGGAAGCGUGCGAAGGGUUUGUGGGUGUGGCCCUGGAAUCGACAAUACGACGAUUUUUUAAGACUCCGGAUGGCGAGUGGACUACGGAAGUCGUGAUCCAAGUACCACCAAAGCAGGUUGAAAACUGGACUAUGCCCUCAAUGCCUGCAAAUAUUUCCGAUAUCAUCAUUUCCUUGGACGAUCAGUUUCUCUAUUUUGCCGACUGGCUUCAUGGAGAUGUGCGCCAGUAUAAUAUUUCCGAUACCAAAAACCCGAAAUUCGUAUCUUCCGUAUUUUUGGGUGGUCUCAUCUCGUCGGAUACCGGAAUUAAGGUUGUCGAAGACAAAGAACUGGAUAAACAGCCUGAACGACUGGUUGUUAAAGGGCAUCCCAUUUUAGCCGGUCCAAAUAUGUUGCAGUUGUCGCGUGAUGGAAAGCGACUGUAUGUUACCAUGUCGAUUCUGAACUCUUAUGAUAAACAGUUCUACCCGGAAAUGGUCAAAAAUGGCUCCGGCAUAAUCAUGUUCAACUGUUCUCCCGAUGGAAUGAAGGUCGAUGAGGAUUUCUACGUGGAUCUGCAUAAUGAGCCCGAUGGUCCGGCGCGAGCCCAUGAAGUGCGCUAUCCGGGUGGCGACUGUACCUCCGAUAUUUGGGUGUAGUUUUAUACUUCUAGCGGAAUUAGUCUUUCGAGACAUGCCUGUCUUUGUUUUAAUCAUUUUUCAAACGUGCUACUGCACUGUUCUACAGAUAUUAUUUAGUUUAACGUGCCGUUACGUGAUAUUAACUAAUAUCCAAGUUCAGUUUGCGUUUUUGAUAAACAUCCGUAAGCUAAAACAGCAAGUAAUAAAAGUAUAACGUUGAAAAUUCUGUGUACC